UGACGAUUUUAUGAUGGAGGUACUUUGGUUCAUGAAAAUCGAUAAAGCGGUUGGCAUUAACUUGAUAAUUUCAAAUUACGUUUCAAGCGAUUAAUAGCUUUGAUAUACUUGGUUCAAAAGAAACCGAGUUUGUAUUUUGGCUAAGUUUUUUAGACUCGAUAAAAAACUCCACCAAAAGGAGAGCAUGCUAUGCAACUUGGUGGAAAACAAGUAAAAGAAUUCAUAUAUUUAUCUUUGCAGUAAAAAGUAAGUAUGUCACUAGUAAAUUACGAAUCAGACGAGGAGAAAGAAGCACAAGAUUUCGAGAAAGAGGAAUCUUUAUGGGUCCCAUCUAAAACGAAUAAUUGGGAAAUACCAUCAUCGCCUGAAGGAAAUGCCGAUAGCCUUUUGGAGAAGAAGAUUGAACAAUUUUUAGCAUUAAAAAGGAAUAAUGUCCACUUUCAUGCUCGUCUUGUAGACAAUGAAAAUUUCUUAAAUCCCCAAUUAUUAGAUACUUUGCAAGAAUAUGCAGGUAUAUCUGAACCGACGGCAUCUAUGAUGCCUUCAGCAUCUUGGACUCCUCAUGCUCUUCCCAGCGAAGCUUAUGCAAAGUCUUUACGAGCGGCUCAGGAUGACUUAAUCAAAAAACGAGAGCAAAGUCAGAGAAAUCGGACAGAAAUUGCGUUCCAAAAAUCGUCAUCAUAAAAAUUACCAAAACGCCUGUGCUACAACGAUUUAUUCAUUACAUGAUUGAUGAACGUCUCUCUUUUAGACAACCCACUUUACUACUCUUACUUUCUAUAUUAGAGGACUCAAUGAAUACCGGACUACCCAUUUCUUUUCUUUUUUUUUCUUAUAAUCAUCCACCAAGGAGCGUACAAAAGUGAUCGUAAUCCGGUAGAAUAUAAUCUCCACAUACAGAGCAAAGGUUAUCAUGGAUAUGAAUAAUAAAUAAG